UUUACAAACACGAAAUCGUUAUCAGUAGGUACUCAGUUCAAUGGUUAAUCAACAUAAAAAAAGAUGGAUACACGUAAAGCAAAACUCGCAGAAAUUAAUAAUUUUAUAGAAAAUGCAAAUAGCACCAUCGAUAAGAUGCUGCACAGUUUCGCCUGGAGCAGAGAUGUGCUGCAGUCGAAGAAUAAAACAUCUGCACCUGUAGGUAGGCAAAAUCUAUCCAGCUGUAGAACGGAAUCGGCGGGCCAGCAUAAAAGCAAGGAUCUGAUAGAAGAACCACUUCCAGAAUCAUUCCUUGACGGUAAACAUCCUUGCUCUAUCAAAUUUGAUCAUGCCCCGGAACAGGUUCCAAAGAGUCACAAAGAUUUAAUCACAAAUUUCACGAGAGAAGAAAGGCUUGCUAUGUAUGAACAAACUAUUGCAUCGACCCCGAAACAUGAAUCGCUCCCUGAAUUACAACUAAAUUUCAAGAAACGGGACAACCAAGAAAGAUUAACCUCAUUGGCAGACAUUGCAGCCUAUCGGCGUGACACGCAUCGAAGAAGCCAAAAAUACCGUUUCGCAAAAAAUCCUCUUUCGUAUCAGGAAGAAAUGCGGAAUUUAAUUCAGUUGCAGACGGAUGCACUGGCUGAAUAUCUCGGACAAUCGAAGGUUGUUGAUACUAGAGGAAAGGACCGAGACUCAAGAAAAGAAGCAGAUUCUAGCAGAAGCAGCUUAUCAAACCCUCAACACGUAUCGCGGGAAAGGGAAAAGCGUAGAGCUAGUAGAGACGUAGAUGAACGUGAUAAACAUAAAGAUAGGAAAUCGAAAAAACGCAGGAGAUCCAGGUCACGUUCCAGAAGCGGGUCGCGUCACAAACAUAAAUCGAAGAAAAAGCGUUCCAAGGAUAAAGGCAAACAUAAAUCGAAGCAUUAAAUUUCAAAGUAGAUACCUAACUAAACAUGAUCAUUAUGUUCCCUAUUCGCACAACAGUCCCAUGUUUGCUGAGUUUCCUUUUCACAUGGGACUGUUGUGCAAAUGGGGGCAUUCAAGUGAAGUUAUGGCAAACGACCUUAUGCUCGGUUUCUCAGAGAUAUUAACACUCAGGCUUUGAAAAAUACUUGGUAUAAUUGACAAUAGGUUUUAGAGACUGAAAAUGAUAAAGGGGUGUCGAAUUUAAACAAUAUGGU